AUGCCGCUCUGUCUCACUUUCAUCAAAUUAAAGAAGGCCUUCGACUCAGUUGAGACGGAAGAGGUUAUGGAAGCCUUGGACAACCAAGGCGUCCCUACUCAGUACAUAAAGCUGAAUCUGCAAAAGAGGAUGUUCAUGCGCAACGGAUGGAUCUCGGAUGCCCCAUUCACGCUCAACGGAACGAACAUAUCCGAAUGCACCAGCUACGUUUAUCUGGGUCGGGAAUUGAACAUGAUGAACGACCUGACCCUCGAGCUGGGCAGGAGGAGGCGAGCGGCUUGGGGAGCAUAUAAGAGCAUCGAAAAUGUGGUGAAGAAGAGCAGGAACACCCGGCUCCGUGCUCACCUCUUCAAUACCACCGUACUUCCUGCUUUGACCUAUGCUUUGGAAGCCUGGGCAUUUUGCAAGCAGGAAGAAAACGCGAAGAUUAGAGACGCCGCCGCGUUUGCCAAGGAAAGUAAAAUAAGGUGGGCCGGACACGUGAUGCGCUUUAACGACAACCGUUGGACCAGAGCCGUGAACGACUGGGUUUUCCGCGAUAUUAAGCGCGCUACAGGAAGACCGCUGACCCGAUGGUCAGAUUUCUUCACAAAGUCCUUCAAAGAAAAAUAUGACGCUCUUCGUGUCCCACGCGAAGGAAGGAACCAUUGGGCUACUCUGGCACGCGAUCGGGAUAAAUGGAAGAAUUACUAA